AUGGGUAAUGCCUCGACUCAUUCAAAGUCCGCGGACCCUCGAUUGAGCCGUGCAACCAACAGACCGUCCAUUAUCACCUCUCAUGAAUCUUUGUUACAAGUUGCAACUCCGGCGGAAAGGCCGAGCUCCUCCCGUGUCCUCGACUUUAGACGGAAUGUUGACCAAGUGCCGUCCCAAGGACUUUCGACAGUUCAUGGCGGAGUCCCGAAUGUCGGCAAUCGGAAUGACAUCUCCGUGAAAUCUAGUCCUCUGGUUUCGAUUUUCCUGGAGCUCUCUGAGCUCGCCGCUACCAAAGCCUUGCAAGAAAAGGAAAAAGUGAUACUGCUAGAAGAAAAUGCCUCUAUCAAGCAGCGUCUGGAGAAAGCAAAAUCCAGGGAUGCUUUCGCAAUCACGAUUGAGAAUGCACAGGCCGAGGAAGCCGCUUCUCAGGCCAAGUUGCGCAAAGUCCAAUUCGAGAUAGAUCAGGCAGAGAUAUCACGGCGCCAGGUGGCUUGUUCCUUGGAAAAGUCUUUAGGUGGGAUGUUCGCCGAGAACUCUGGUUUUGAUCCAAGCUCGGCUCUCGUCCCUUUCAUUCCUCGUGACGAAGACGAAAAAGUCGCAAAGCUGGAGGCCGAGAAUCAGGAGAUCAAGGCGGAGUUACAGGACAUAAAAGAGCGACUUUUGCAACAACGGGUCGAGUCGCCUCAUGGCUUGCAAUCCUCGAUUUCAAGGAUUGAGAAAUCUGUCAAUAGUCAGGUGAUGAGUAACCAAGGUAUCAACAAAAGACUUCGAAAGCUCGAAGAAUGGAGAGAGUGUAUGGAGGACGGGGCUGCAGAGUCCUCAUACGCUUGGCCGGCAAGUCUCUGGAUCUGGAGCUACUCCAAAAUGACGUCAAAGUGGCCCAUGGAAAAGCGAUUGAGGCACAAAAGCGAGCGGAGGCAAUGGGAGAUCGUCUCUCAAUACUUCAACGUGACAUUGCGGCUUUAA